AUGGCAUUGGCAAUCGUUAAGAAACCGAGGGCUGGAGGAUACCACGUGAAGACUGGAUGCAAAACUUGCAAAAUCCGACACGUCAAGUGCGACGAGGAAAGGCCUACCUGUAGCAAAUGCCGCUCCACUGGCCGUGUCUGCGAUGGUUACGGAAUCAAACAGAGCACUUCCAAGUCUCCGGUUAACAACAGUGCCCACUUGUUUCCCGUAGAGGCCACAAUCAAAGCACUCUCGAUACAAUCAGGCCCAACUAUCAGCAUUACCGGAACGAACCAAGAGCGCCGCAGCUUCGCUUUCUUCUACUACCAAACAGGACAGCAGCUCUCGACCGCCCUACACAUAACGCUGAUACACCAGCUUACCCUACAGGCCAGCCACAGUGACGAGGCGAUGCGGUCUGCUGUCAUUGCUCUUGGCUCGAUUGGAGAAAGGUUGGCGAUUAAUGACCUCCUGACCCUAGAAAAUGAGCAAGCAAAUGCCUGUCAUAACUUCGCUCAUUUGCAGUAUUACAAAGCCCUAAAGCAUCUCCGGGAGCGCAUAUCCAACGACCUUGAAGGUUCGGGCAAUCUGGCAAUAAUACUGUGUUUCCUAUUCACAAUCUUCGAGUUCUUGCAAGGUAACGAUUGCGGAUCCCUCAUUCACCUCCGAAGCGGUCUCAACAUCUUGCGGCGAGAUCAUGGAUCGGUGUCUACGGGGCUUCAGACAGUCUCGCCCGACCAGGAUCCCUUGAGAUAUGAGAUUCUGAGGAUUUUCGGCAAUAUGGAUAUGCAAGCGACCAUAUGGCUAGGAUCAAAAACCUUUCAAGCUCCCAUCAUGAUCCCGCCCGAUGAUCCUGGCGAUGUCCCAACACAUUUAGAUUUGUUUUCUACCCUGGAGGAAGCGGCAGAGUCGUUGACUCAUCAAAUCGACUCCACAGAUCAUUUCCGACCCCUCUGUGAUGCUUACGUUAGAUCAGAGUCCCCAGAUCAAGUACCACCGGCAAUGCACGCAAAGAGAGAGAAGCUUAUAGUACAACUGAAGCAAUGGCGCGUUUCACUUGAAGCUCUCACCGCGAAGCUUCAAGGAGAGAUCAACACCGAGAUGUCGCAACGGAUUGCUAUCAUGAGGAUGAAUUAUGAAACAAUUUUGAUGGUACUCACAGCUUGCUUACAACCGUCUGACGAGCAGAUUUAUGCAGACCGCGAGCCCGAAUUCCGCCAAAUAGUCACCCUGGCGAAAUCCGUGCUCGGACCAACGGAUGAUGUGGGGAAGCUUGGAGUCCAGCACACCGUUGCCGUGAACGAUGUUGGAAUCAAUCCAGUACCCAUUUUCACAUUCGACGUGGGUAUGAUCCGGCCUUUGUAUCUCACCGCGAUCAAGUGUCAGAACUUGGGGGUCUGCCGAGAAGCAAUCGCUCUGCUGUCGUCGUCGCCGUGGCGGGAUGGGGCAUGGGAUAGUGCUACCAUGGCUAGGAUAGCGGCGCGCAGGGUUCAGGAAGUCGAAGAAAGAUAUAUGAAUACGGAUCCUCCGAUGAUGGAUCAUGUAGCCUACAGUUAUGCGCAGAGAAGGCAAUCUUGCCGGAUAUGA